AUGGAUUCAACUCCGGAUUUGACAAAAGUCGACCAAAUGGCCAUUAUUCUACGUUACUGCACGUCAACAGGUGUGGAAGAAAGACUUCUAGGAUUAUUUCCCAUUAAAGAUCAUCAUGGCCAAUCUAUGUAUAAGGUAUUACAUAACUUUCUUGAAAAAAGUGAAUUAAACAUUAUGAACAUCAGGGGUCAAUCUUAUGACAACUCCUCAAACAUGAGUGGUCAAUUUAAAGGGCUUCAAGCUUAUGUCAAAAAUAAAAAUCCAUUAGCUGUGUUUAUACCUUGUACAGCUCAUUCGUUAAACCUAGUUGGAAUAAAUAGUGUAAAUUGUUGUACUGAAGCUGUCAAUUUUUUUGAUUUUGUACAAAAAUUGUAUAACUUCUUUAAAAAAAAUAGUGUCAAAGAAAAUUCUAGGCGACUUCUUACACUUAAAUCCUUAAGUGACACUACAUGGUCUUGUCAUGUAGAAGCAUGUAAAGCAAUAGUUGUAAAUUAUGAACAAAUUUCGACUGCGUUAAAAAGUAUGUAUGAUGGUGAAGAAAAUUAUGUUACAACUAUAGAUGCUAAAUCGUUAUGGAAGAAAAUGGUUAAAAGAGAAACUGGAUAUAUGUCAUUACUUUGGAAUGACAUCAUGGAAAUAAGUAACAAAACUUCAACUGAAUUACAACAUUCAAACUGUGACACAAUGAAGGCGAUCAACUUGUUUAAAUCACUAAAGAUUUAUGUGUUAAGUUUACGAGACUCAAAUUCAAUUUAUGUAGAAAAAAUACCUAAUCUUAGUUCUGAAAUUACUAUUUACUACUCAGAUGAAAAGCAAAGAAAAAAAAGAAAAAAAUUCCCUGAUGGUAGCAAAAAUGAAGAAGUGUUAAAAGGAAAAAACAAAUUUCGUGUACAGACUCAAUUAUUUGUUAUUGAUAAAUUUGUUUCAGAAUUAAACAAAAGAAUUUCAGCUUAUGAAUAUAUUGAUUCUACUUUACCAAACGAACUUGUACAAUUUAGAGAAUACUGGAGGCUUUGUCAACCUUCUUUUGAUCCAGCUGACAUUCCCAAACUAUUUGACUGGUUUAGUAAUCAAUCACUCGAAGAGGAGAAUGAGCCGAAGUUAACAAACGAUCAGCAAGUUGUUUAUAAUACUAUUUUAGAAAUCAUAUUGCAAGAUACUGGAGAAUUAAUUUUUCUUGAUGCUCCUGGUGGAACUGGCAAUACCUUCAUGCUGAAUCUCUUGCUUGCAAAGCUACGUGCAGAAAGAAUAAUUUCAUUAGCAGUCGCUUCUUCCGGAAUAGCAGCAACAUUAUUACAAAAUGGCAGGACAGCACAUUCCGCUUUCAAAUUACUUUUGGAUCUUCAGACUACCGAACGCCCAGUUUGUAGUGUGAAGAAACAAAGUUCUUUGGUGGCGAAUAAAGGUGGUCCUGAGGCACUUGAUAGAACGCUGAGGGAUUUUAAAAAUAAUGAUCGCCCAAUGGGCGGAGUUGUUAUUCUUUUUGCUGGUGACUACACAAAUAUUGCCAGUUGUGCCUAA